GAACUUGGUUGAAAGGCGUGGAUCCUAGAGUUAAAGAUCUCAUUUACUGGCGGGAUGUCAGGAAGACCGGCGUCGUGUUUGGGACCAUGCUGGUGCUGCUGCUGUCUCUGGCCAUCUUCUCCUUGGUCAGUGUGGUGGCCUACUUGUCUCUAGCUGUCCUGACGGUCACCUUCAGCUUUGUUGUCUACAAGAAGAUCAUGGGGGCAGUGCAGAAGUCCACUGAUGGGCAUCCAUUCAAACCUCUUCUGGAGAUGGACAUUACCUUGAGUGAAGAAAAACUGAAGAGUGUUAUCCAGAAUGUUUUGAAGAACACCAACAACGCACUGAACGAAGUCCGACGCCUGUUCUUGGUUGAGGACACUGUCGACUCAAUCAAGUUUGGGCUGCUACUGUGGGCACUGACAUACAUAGGGUCAUGGUUCAACGGCAUGUCACUCAUCAUCAUAGCACUUAUUCUGCUGUUCACAGUGCCAAAAGUGUAUGAUACAUACCAGGUUCAGAUUGACAAUUAUAUCAACCUGGCCAAGUCCCAGAUAAACAAUGUUUUGACCAUCAUCCAGAGCAAGCUGCCAUUCUUGAAGAAGAAAGAGAAAGCUAACUAG